CAAUUAUUUUGACAGACCAAUGUUUAAUAAAAAAUCUUAAAAAUAAAACAUUAAGGUUAUUUUAACAUGUCACGGUUCUGUUCAAUAGUUAAAUAUAAAGGCUAUAAAAAUGUUCUAAAAAAUAUUAAGGAGGUUGAUUUUAAAACUUUUAAAAACUCAGAAAAAGUUGAAAAACUACUGAACGAUGUAAGAUAUAGAGAGCCACAUGUUUUAGAUAAAAUUAAGACCCGCAUUUCAAAAAUAGGUAUUAAACUACAAGAAAAUAAUGCAACUUUGAGUUCAUUUCAAAAUGUUGUAGAAGAAAAGAAGUCUACUUCUUCUGUAAAUAAGUGCAUUAGACCUAGAUAUGUAAAGAAAGCAGCAGAAAAAUUAUGUGCCAGACUUCAAAGGUUUGCAAAUGAGAAAACUUUAAUUUUGGCGACGGCAGGAAUAUCUGUAGUGGAUACAGCGAAUACCACAAAAAAUAUCGAACCCAUACCUGAACCGCCGCCCGUACCAGAUUUAUCUGAACAAAUUGCAAGUCAGAUAAAUGUACUUGGAGAACCUACCUUUGCAUCAUUAGGUUUAGGGGGCUCUAGUCCUGUAGGUUUAGUUCAGACUUGUUUUGAAUAUGUUCAUGUGACACUGGGUGUACCGUGGUGGACUUCAAUAGCUAUAGGGACAUUAAUUAUAAGGUUAUGUUUAUUUCCUCUGGUUAUAAUAGCGCAAAGGAAUGCCGCAAAAAUGAACAACUACCUUCCACAGUUACAGGCACUACAAUUGAAAAUGACCGAAGCAAGGCAAACCGGCAAUCAAAUUGAUGCUGCGAGAUAUUCUCAGGAGAUGAUGCUGUUUAUGAAAGAAAAAGAACUGAAUCCUCUUAAAAAUAUGAUUGUCCCACUAGUUCAGGCACCCAUAUUUAUUUCAUUUUUUAUGGGUCUCAGACAAAUGUGUAAUGCUCCUGUAGAAAGUUUAAGAACAGGAGGAUUAUGGUGGUUCACUGAUCUUACACUUCCUGAUCAAUAUUUCCUCCUGCCUAUUAUUACAAGUGCCACAUUGUACGCUACAAUUGAGUUGGGUACUGAUUCUGCAAAAUUAUCAUCGCAAAAUAUGCAGCUGAUGAAGUACGUUCUACGUGGCCUACCUCUGCUAAUUCUGCCAUUCACCUUUAAUUUUCCCGGCGCCAUUUUAAUGUACUGGGUCUCCAGUAACUUCAUAUCUCUUAUACAAGUUGGUGUUUUGAGAAUACCAGCGGUACGAGAUUAUUUCAAAAUUGAACCUCUGCAGAAAUUUAACCCUGAAAAUUUGCCAAUUAAACCAAAGGGAUUUAGGGAAGGUUUAAAAGACUCUUGGACCAAUAUUAAAAUUACUAAAGAAUUGGAAGAAAGGACAAGAUUGGAUGAUAUCCAGUUCCAUCGGGCAGGUAGAGGCCCGAUCGUUAAAACUUACAAGUACAAUCCUACGAAACAAACACAUCCCACAAAGUCAGCUCCUAUAAGUGCUAAGAAGCGUGAGUGAUUGUAUUAUAGAUGAAUAAGUAAAGUAAUUUAUAAUUU